AUGAAAGGAAUUUGCUCGACGGAGUCGAGUGGCGCCCAAUUGGCGGCGACAUUUGCCGCGAUUUUGGACUCUCAAGGCAACUUCUGUGGCACAAGUGGUUGUUCGUUUAUGACCGUCAAUAUGUCUAUGGCAGUUAGGCCGAAGAAGCUCGAUCCCCGCACCACGUCAGCGGUGACUAAAGCCGCGGAGCUGACGUGUAAAAACUUCAAGGUAGUAAUAUCAUUGCCGAAAGGUAGCGAGUACGUCACUAUACCCGACGGAAUUAACAGCCUGCAGCUAUCAGCCAAGUCACGGACAAAUCGGCAACGGUCCGCUGCAUCGUUGUACCAAUUUGUUCAUAUUCUGACUGAUGUCAUUCUACGAAAGCACCCAUCAAAAAAUCAGACGAAAGCAGUUGAUGGGCGAACAACACUGGAAGACCAGAUCGUUAGGAAGAUUGCAGGUGAGUUUUAUCCGAAGAUCGCCGAGUACGAGGCUACUUUGACCGAGAAAGAACAAGAUGAUAUGCUCGAUUUGAAGCGAGUCUUUAAAAUAUCUGAACCGGCACACAUCCUGAAUAGUGAGCUCGAAAGCUUUCUCACAUUCCCGCCGAAUUCCAAAGAGGCAAAAGAGAGAGACAGCAAGAUAGCAAUCCCAGAAGACAUGGCAGUGGACCCAUCAGGACUUCCCUCAACUGCCGAUACGCCGGGGGGUUCGCUUGGCACCGAAAACACUGGGGACGAGAAGUUCAGGAGGAUGGCUAAUACAGUACUGGAGAUGCUAAAGAGUCCAACCAUGAGGAAGAAGAUAAGCCCCUGA